AUGAGUGAAGCGUCAACUUCUCAACAAAUAGAGGUAGAAUGUGAGAAGAAAAACUGUACUCGCUCGGACCCAAGGAAAGAUGGAACCGCCUCCGACUUUACAAUAAAAGUUGAAGACCAAUCAUUCCCCGUUCAUCGCGAUAUAAUCAUCACAAACUCCGAAUAUUUCAAAGCAAUGCUGGCUCAUGAUACCAAAGAAAAUCAGCAAGGAUUUGUUGAUAUGAAAGACGUAAACCCAGAUGUUGUGCGUGAAUGUAUUGAGUUCAUGUACAGUAGAAAUGUGGAUGAGGUUUCAGUUGACAUCGAAAAUGUUGGAGACGUGCUACAAGCAGCCAGAAUCAUGCAACUGGAUGAAAUAACUGAGCACAGCGUGAAUUCUUUGAAGAAAAUUCUCAAUUCAGAAAACUGCAUUAGAAUUUAUAACAUCGUGACUCAAUAUAGCGUCAAUGAGCUACAAGAAGACGUUCAAACACUCUUUGAAAAAACCUACAAAGUGGAUAACUUGACUGAUUUGCUUCAACUCUCGAAAUCUGAUUUCACUGACUACAUUAAAAAGCAGCAUCCUAAUGCGAAUAUUACAGUGUGGGAAUGCAUUAUUCACUGGAUAAAGGUUGACGUCGGCAAUCGACAGAACCACAUUUCCGAGUUCUUGAACAUAUUAAUCUGGGACGGGUUUCCUACAAAUUUACUGCUUCAACGACUGUGGGAUGAACCUAUGUUCAGACAUUCGCAGGAAUGCAAAAAUCUUUUGUGUGGAAAAGUUUUCAUGGACGUCGAAAGCUUCAAUAUGAACAUUUCCAUCGACAACUAUUUCUUGUUUAAGGAAUUCACAGCAAACCUCACCUUUAUUCCGAAUCUGAUUAAGAGAACAAUAAAUGAGUUCCGGAAUAACAAUAUUAUUAAACUUCUUGCGAAACCCGACUUUAUGUGGAUUCCCCAAUCUGAACUUAUUUCCUUACUCUCCGAUUCGGCAAUAGAUGAUAUAACCGGAGAAAAAUGGAAAUGGUUGGCGAUGAAAGCCUGGCUUCUUUUAGACGCUCUGCUGGGAUGUAAUUUUUCAAGUGAAAAGAAACGUCAUCUUAUAGCAGCCCUCUACACUGAUGGAAGAAUUCGAACUAUGGAUGUAUCAACAAAAACUUGGAAAGAUAUUGCUAAUGCUCCGAUUCCCAUCCUCAACGUAACCAUUCCACUGUCAACUAAAAUAUUCUGUUUCAAUGGUAAAUUAUGUCUUCUCAGUGACAAUAAAUUGUUAUUCUACGGCAAAAAUGGAAGGUGGAUUAAAAAGAGCUCUAUGACCAAAAGUCUUGAUAGUUCGACGGAUGUUGUAGCUGUAGAUGACAGUAUAUAUGUCAUUGCAGAGAAAAAUAUCUUGUGCUAUAAUGCACUGCAAGAUACAUGGAAUGAAAAUUUACCAGAAUUUGAAGAUGAUACUGAGGUUCAAGGCAAAAAACAGCAAGUCGUCGCUAUACUUUUAGUGUGGAAAGGUGGACAUUUAUUGCAGAGGUUUUGGAUGGAUCAAUCUAUGCCGUUGGGAGCGCUUGGGACAGUUAACACAGGAAAGGUCUGGGCUUAUUUUAAAAUUAUGGGCGAAUGGAGUGAUUUCUGUGACAUCCCAGAGUUGGUGUCGGGGAUUAAAGGGCAUCACACAACAGUUGAUCUUGUUUCUGUUUGUGCAUUUACUGAAGAAAGUCAGCAAGAGAGCUUUAAUCCUUCCAAGAAACCCUGA